UCUCUCUUUACACUUCAAUUCUUCUUCUUCUCUCUCUCUCUCUCUCUCUCUCUCUCUCUCUCUCUCUCUCUCUCUCUCUGUGUCUGAAGAGAAGAAGAAUCUUGAGAGGGAAAACGAUGGCGUUCGCUUCCUUUCUCGGGAGAGUCCUCUUUGCUUCCGUUUUCAUUCUCUCUGCUUACCAAGAGUUCAAUGAAUUUGGGGUUGAUGGAGGACCUGCAGGGAAGGCUCUCAAACCUAAGCUCAAAGUGUUUACAAAUCAUGUACACGCUACUGCUGGUAUUCAAGUGCCUGAAACUGAAAUUAAACAUUUAGUGGCUGCAAGUAUAGCUCUCAAGGGCUUUGGGGGCGUCCUCUUUAUAUUUGGCAGCUCUUUUGGAGCUUAUUUACUGAUUCUGCAUCAGUUGAUUACAACUCCAAUUUUACAUGAUUUCUACAAUUAUGACAAUGAGCAGAAAGAAUUUACUCAACUUUUUAUCAAAUUUACACAGAAUAUGGCUCUCUUUGGGGCGCUGCUGUUCUACAUAGGAAUGAAGAAUUCAAUUCCAAGGAGACAACAGAAGAAAAAGGUUCAGAAAGCAAAAACCAACUAGGGGCAAGUGCAUAAUCUCUCACGAAAGGGGAGUUUAUUGGGAUUCAUUUUUGAUUUGUUUAUGAAAGUGAUUACAUUGCGUUCCUUCAGGAUUGUCAUUUGAUUCUAGGACAUUUCCAAAUCUCCCCAAAAGCAAAACAUUCUUAGAAUCAUGUAGUUUAUGCCUUCCCUUAUUUUAUGGGGAUAAAUUGUGUUAUUGUUUAUUUAGUCCACUGUUUAUUCUUUCCUGAUUCGAGUCUUGAAGCUAAAUACGUAUCAGUUUUGUUUUAAGUUUUUUCAUAGUGCAGGAGUGUGCACAUGCCAUCAAGAGGUGAGAUCCUAGGCUCUAGCAGGACUACGUGGUGUCUGUUCUAGAACUGGUGGUGAUAGCUGGGUUUUGUCAUCUCAAAACAAAGUUUGAUAUUGGAAAUGAUAUUUUAUUAUUUUUUCCUAUGCGUAUUUAUUUCUAUAUAUUACCGGGGGAAAUUUCUGUUGGCUAGUGUA